GAGUCUGGUGCAACAACUGAGUAUGCUGGGGAAUCAAAGCCCACGAACCGGCCUGACCGUUGACCUUCUAAAAGUCCAGUUAAAUCGGCUCUAAGAGGAAGGCACGGAAGAGUGUUCACUCGUGGUCAUCUUGGACUCGCUUGACCAGCUGGACACCUCACACAAUGGCCGCUCUUUGAUGUGGCUUCCGGCCUCCCUGCCGCCUCACUGUAAGAUUAUUGUGUCAUCACUUCCGGAGGAGAAAUACGAGAAGUUUCCGGCUCUCAAGGAGGUGGUCGGCUUUGCAUACAUUUGGUUUUACGAAGCAGACAACAGAUCAGUGGUCAUGGAAAUUGGCAAAAAGUUGUACUUGUUUGACCUUGAACAGAUUAACUUCAGCAUCGUGUUUCCGGGCAUCGUCUCGGUAGGAGUGGGUAUCGUCACCAAACAGAAGCAACUCCUCGUGACGUCACGUUUUGGCAAGAACGUAAAACUGUACACCAUCACAAACGGCUGCGUUGACGCCAUAAUCAAAACUGGAUACAAGGAGGAGAUCUACCAAGUUGUGAUCAGUUUUUAUACCUUUCUCCACAGUAUGCCAUAGGCCACCAGUACAAGUGUAGUAGCAAGCAGUUAACAUCUCAAAACUUUAUUGCAUUUUUGUUUUUGAAUAAUGUGACGAACAUUUACAUUCGCAAGUGAUGUGUUCAUAUUAUGUACGGCCAUUCUCCCCAUACCCCUGAUUCACGAAGGGCAGUUGCCAGUUCUCAUAAAAGCAUGUGUACCAAGUAAUAGGAAGACAGCUUGCCUAGGAAAAGUGUAUGUUAACUGGCCGUCAUGAUAUGACUUUCAUACUGUU